AUGAUUGCUACAUUCCCUAUCGCCUUUCCUAUUUCGAAGGUUUUGGAUUUGGUUCUUGGUGAAGAGGUAGUCUCGUAUGAUCGAAAACGUCUCAUGGAGUUGAUCAAAAUGAGCAAUGAAGAAGGAUUAGGUGAAGAAUUGAAAAUAGCUGUUGGAGCAAUGGAAAUAAGCGACAAAACAGUUACUGAUGUGAUGACGCGCAUUGACGAUGUGUUCAUGCUACCAAAUACAACUGUGUUGAAUACGAAAACGGUAGCGGAAAUACUUCGAAUGGGUUACACUCGUAUACCAGUGUUUUGUGGUGAUCGUAACAAUGUGGUGUCACUUCUGUUCGUCAAAGAUCUCGCUCUUUUGGAUCCUGAUGACAACUUUACUAUACAGACCGUUUGUGGUUAUCAUCAGCAUCCACUUCGCUUUGUCAUGGAAGAUACACCGUUGCGCGUUAUGUUGGAAGAGUUCAAAAAGGGCGACUAUCAUUUAGCUAUGGUACAACGUAUUGUCUCUGGCGAUGAUAGUGAUCCAACAUACGAACUCGUAGGAGUUGUGACCCUUGAGGAUAUCGUUGAGGAAAUUCUCCAAGCUGAGAUUGUGGAUGAAACAGAUGCUGUGAUGGACAAUGUGCACAGAACAAGGAGGCGUGGUGCACAGGCUCGUGAUGUAUCUUGUCUCAUGGAUGCAGAUGAACCGUCUCGUGUAAUUAGUGUACAAAUGCAACUGGUAACUAUGCAAUGGUUAACAACAAAUCAUAAAGCGUUCAGUGCUGAUCUUAUCAGCCAAUCGGUGUUGGAGAAGCUGAUUCGGCAGCAUUGUCGUCGUGUAGAGUUGUCUCAUCUCCCGGAUAUGUACGAGCCAAAGGCUGUGGUGCCUCGAGUCGCAAAACUAUACACCAAGCAGGAAUACUCUGAGAAGUUCAUCCUCAUAUUGGAAGGUCGAGCACUGGUCACGAUUGGGCAGAACGAAAUGAUGUUCGAGGCCGGUCCUUGGUUUGCCUUCGGAACGGAAAUGUUGGAGCGCCUGGUUGCCAAAAGCGAAUGUGAUUCUCGUGCGAUGGGUGAUGUCGAUCAUUCGAGAAAUUCGCUUGUCAGUGAUACGAGCAAGAAGCUCGGAUUCAUCCCGGAUUACACUGUGGUUGUACGUGAUGAGUGUACUUUCCUUGAGAUAACUGCUCAUAGUUGGAUGCUCGCAUGCAGAAGUACACUUAUGAGCCGUGGAGGAGUAAGGCCUUCAUUCGCCGACGUGGAUACUUUAACGUCUGGAGCAGCAGGUGACGAGGACGCUCCGUGGGCGACUGUAGAGGAGCCAUCAAAGAGAAGUUCACUUGUAUCCCCACAGCUGAUACAGCGGUGGGAAAAACGCCGUGGCACAUAUGUGUAG